UUGCGAUAGCACAUAUCGAAAAACAUCUGCAGCCUCUGAAAUUAUAAUGCUGUUGAAAUAAAUCGAUAUAAAUAUUCUUAUUUAGAAAUAGACACCCAACAAUUUAAUGGAUCUGGAGCUUGAUAUUCUUGACUCGCUGCAGGCUCUUCGCUACGAAGGAGCUUGCUUGGAGCAAAAGAAUUUCUGUAAGGCUGUGGACGAGGGCAUAGACAGCGGCGACUUGCGGGAUGUGAUUUUUUGGCUGGCCAACGAGUUGCACGUUUUGCGUAAGACGGACGAGCGUGUGACCUCCAGUGGUAAGGAUCAUGAUGAGUUUGCGUUCGAACUGUCACUGCUUCUCACUGAACUGCAGUGUCCAUACCGGCAAUUGGUCAUAGGGCCCAUAGCGGAGAGAUUUCAGAAGCGUGACUCAUUGCUGCAGCUGCUUGAAUAUCUGACCACGGAAUUGAUGGCCACCAAGAUGUCGCUGAAGACACAGCGUAGCAUCGAACCGCCAACUAAGAAAUCAAAGACUGAAUCAAAUAUCCAACAAAAGAUUUUAGAACUUUCCAGGGACUUAAACUUGGGUGUAGAUUUACCCAAGAAUUUGAAUACGAAAAUGUUAUUUGAUAAGUUCACUCCGCGACUUGAGCAACUGCUCAAGCAGACGAAUCCCAAAGUGGUCAGUGAGUCGCUGCUGGAUCCAAAUAAACCCCUCAGCGAUUCCCUGUGGCGUCUUUUGGAGACAAUGCAUAAAGAUCUCGAUGGUGAAUACAAUCUACGCCGUCAGAUGAUGUUAACCCGUCUGGAGGCCACCGUUCAGAGCUUCCAGUGGUCCGAAUCGAUGCAUAAUCGUGAAAAUGAGAUAGUGUCGCGCUUCCAAAACAAACUCAAGGAAUUGGAACAACUGAGAUAUGGUGGUGAUGAUACGAAUAUAGUGGCCCUGCUGGCAGCUCGCAAGGAUCUAGCCAUUAUUGAGAAAACUAGCUCAGCCCAAGUGAGAAAGAACACGACAUCAAAGAUACAGAAACAUGUGAUUGGCAGAGUGCCUGAUCGUGGUGGCAGAGCCAAUGAGCAUGCUCCCCCUCCGCCUGAGAUGCCAUCAUGGCAGCAGCAACGAGCCAGUGGACCUCCAGGUGGUGGGGGUCGUGGCGGCGGUGGCGGUGGGGGUGGAAGAGGAGGAGGAGGAGGUGGAAACUUUCGAGGGGGCCGUGGUGGAGGCGGCGGUGGCGGUGGCGGAAAUUGGCAGCAGGAACCUCCACAACAGCAACGUGAUCGUGGAGAUCGAGAUAGAGAUCAGCAGUGGAUAAGCGGCAGUGGUCGUGUGCAAGGCACUGGCUGGACUAACAGUGAUCGACGCGAUGGAGGUGGACGUGGUGGCGGUGGACGGGGUGGAGGAGGACGAGGCGGCGGUGGUGGAGGCUAUCAUCAACGUGGUGGAUAUCGCUAAGUCGGAAUUUGCACAUAACCCAGAUUUUUUUUUUAUUUAUUGCCCAUAUGGAUAUUAAAAUCGAAUUAAUGGCCAAACGAAA